AUGGCUACCGUAGAAGAAGUUCGUGCUCUCAAGGAGCAACUGCAGCGUUUGAUUGAGGCGCAGGAAAACCACGAGGCUCGGAACCAGCUUCCCAUCAAUGAGACAUUCACUCCGCAGUAUCAGUAUUACGAGCCUCCAAGACUGGCAGAGAUGAACUCGAAGAUCAAUGCGAUGACUAUUGGCAAUUCUGAGCCAGCUGUAGAGAUCCCGACAGGCUCGGGCAAUCUCAUGAACAAUGCCAAGGUGAAUCCAAAGGAGCAGUGCAUGGCCAUUGGAGUAAAGAGUGAAGUCACCUCUGAAGGUAGCCAUGGAUCUCGUGAGAUGGAGAGAGGAGAGCUAUCGUGGAGAGUCCAUGAGGAAGCAACUGUGACUAUACCUUUCCCUCAACGCCAUAAGAAAGAAAGGAUGAAAGAGCGGCUCUCUAAGUUUUUAGAGAUCUUUAAGAAGGUGAACAUCAACAUCCCGUUGGUGGAGAUGUUACUAGAGAUGCCGCAGUAUGCCAAAUUCCUCAAGGACAUAGUCUCGCGAAAGAAGAAGUUGGGAGAGUUUGAGACGCUGGCUAUUGGAGAGUUGAAGCCGACAUCAAUAAGGAUACAGAUGGCGGACAGGUCGGUCACUUAUCCUCGUGGAAUUGUGGAGAACUUGCUCGUGAAGGUGGGGGAUUUCAUUCUCCCUGCCGAUUUUGUGGUUUUAGACAUUGAAGAUGACAACAAAAUCCCGCUGAUUUUGGGGCGAGAGCUCACACUGCGAGUGCAUGAUGAGAGCCAAACUUUCUAUGUCUAUGAACCAUACCGCAUCCACAAGGACGAAGUGCCCAAGAAAGCAAAGGAUCCGGGAACGGACCCAGGUGAUCGGAAGUUGAAAGGAGGCAUUUUGGCUGGCAAGAGUGGAGCAUGGAACAGCUGUUCGCAGCACUGCUUGUACCAGCCACCUUGA